CACUGUUGGAUGGCCAAAAGUUAAACGUUCACACUGAGGGCAGAGGAAAAAAGUAUUGUUUUCUGGAAAACAUGGCUAAUUGCAGAUAAAACGCGACUUGCAAAUUCGGCACAUCUGUUUUCAGAGCCACCAAUAAGGCGGCAAUUAGACAAAAUCGCAGUACACAUGAAAAUUGACGCGUGUUAAAUGCUAACAAGAAAAUUCCAACACAGACCUUGAGUGGCUAACACACACACACGCGCAGACCCUACACACCUGCGUCACACAUACACACCACACACCAUACACACAGUGAUAAAGCGGAGCGAGAGGGAUAGUAGAUCGAACCGUUCCCUGUUUUUUUGUUGUUUCUGCUGAAGCAGGAAGUCGAUUUUAGGGGAUCCUUUUACUAAAUCUUGCAGCUGGCAUUAUGGUGAAUGUACCCCCGCUGCUCUGCAGCACACCCCCGCCCAUCGAUUUUGGGGAGGAAGACGACGAUUCCGGUUUACAAGCCACAAUCCAUUUGGACGAGGGUGACGAAUACUCAAAUUUUGGCUUAGUCAGCAGCUCGAAAGAACCACCUCCACCACCAGAUCCCGUGGAGGAAUUUCGAGAAAAGCCACCGGAUUUGCUGGAAAAUAAACAAACCGCCGAGGCAUUCAAUUACCAGGUGAAACAGACGAUGGAUUACGAUGUUUUCGAGGAAUCAGCACCGCCGACGCCGCCUCCGUUGAGCCUAGAACUGGAUGAUGAGGAACUGGAGGAGCAGGUGCCCUCCCUUAAGCUGGACAGUCUAAGUCUCUAUUCCACGGAAAGCGUUUCCGCCGCCUCCACGCUCUCACCGGUUGCGGAGCCAAGUGUAGCUGCUGCGCCGGCCAUGCAAACAACCAAAGCCAACAACCUUGUCCUCAGCCACCAAGUCAUGCUGGAGGAUGUGUCCGAUGACAGCGACGAGGAGUGCUCGCCAAAGAAGCCCAAAGAACUAUAUAUACGCGAGGGAGCUGUCGAUUUCUUUGCCAUAGAGGUACUGGCCACGCCAACACAACCAAAUGGAGAAGCCUUCUUCGAGGAGAAUGUGGAUCCAGGGAAAGAAGAAAACGUAGAGAAUACCCCCCAACGAGAAGAAAGCUUUAGAAGUUUGGAAGCCCGUGCGGAAAGUUCAAGUAACUUAGAAAAGCCUUUGAAUAAUCAAAGCUCAGGCUUAUCAAAUCCACAAAGUCAGGAGGAAUCCCCUUACGAAUGGGGUGAAUCAGCAAAUAGUGAUACAUUUCCAUUUACAAACUUUGAAGCGACGCCAAAAGACGUAGUACACAGAGAAAUUGUUCCCGAAAUCGUAAAGGCAGACGACGAUGAUGAUGACUUUGGUGACUUUGCGGAUUUCUCAGCGGCUGAACCACAGCUAGAAAUCAAGGAAUAUUCAACGUCAGCUUUAUCUAGCUCUGCCUUUGAGGCACCUUCCUUAGCAAUCGAUUCCCCAACGGAAUCGAAACCUUCAGAGGUUAAGACGGCUGCUCCCACAGAAGAAUCCUCUAAUUUAGCGCCUACGGAACCGGACGAUGGCUUCGAUGAUUUUCAGGAGUUUGCCACGCCCGCGAACGGAAACGGAAACCAUGGUCAAAGCGAAGAUGAUGAUGAUUUCGGGGACUUUGCGGAGCCCGUAGUGGCUGCUGUUUCCGUACCUCCGCCGCCGCCGCCAGCUGCUGUGCACCUAAGCAUAGAUGAAAGGGUUAAGCCAGUCCUUGAGAUGAUGUUUCCGCAGUCAAAGGAGCUGGACAGCAAGAAUGUGGACAAUCGCAGACCUUUGGCGCAGUGUCAGCGAUUCAACUUUGGUGCCAUAGAGCAUGCCCAAGCUCUCGAUUACCAAUGGAGCAGUUCGGAAAUGAGGCAUGCCCUCGUUCGAUCGCUGGGCAUCGAUUCAAGGAAUAUACUCUUCGGCGACAAGUGGAACGCAUCGAUGCCCCGUUUUGCUGCCAAUCUGAGCUUUGAUCCACUGAAGCCGCUGAAACCUCAAUCGACCGGCGCCGCAAGCGUCUUGGAGCCCAUUUCCAAUAGCACCAGCUACCAGGAAUCACAUGUACAGACAUUACAAUUGGAACAACUAGACCAACAACUAACGGUGGUGGCUAAUGCUGAUAAAAUAAAUCUUGUUACCUCUAACUCCCACACCAAUAACAACAACGAUGAUAAUGGUGAUAACGUCGAUCAUGGUGCUGCCCCCGUCGAUCAACUGGAUUGUAUGCCACCUGUAAUGGAUUUGAUGACCCAUAACGAUCACAAUUUGACAAUCGAUUUGCACCACUCUCCACCACUCACACAUUUUGCCACCAUCUGCAACAACAACAACAACAACAAUAACGUUAAUAACAAUCUUAACAAUCCAAACAACAAUCAUGCAACAAUGACAAUAACAAUUAACACAAACCUCACUGCUCACGACGCCUUGCUGGAUUUUAGAUUGGAAAACGCCCCCGCAACAACGGCGAGCCAAACUCAAACGCGGACUGGCCCGCCUCAUGGGGAAGGGUCCUCCGGCAACGGUUCCGGUAGCAAUUCCGGCAGCAAUUCCGACGGCGAAGAGCGACAUAGUCAUAGCUACCAGCCAACUGCAGUGCCCAGUCCCGAAUCGAACCAUAUUGAAUCCACAGCAGCGGCAUCAGCAGCAGCUGUUGCUGCAGCAGCAGCGACGCUACCGACUGCUCUACCAGCAGACAGCCCUGCCCACCAACUCAACGGCGGUGAGCAGCUGCAUCAGCAGCGGUCGGAACCGGAGCAGUUUGAUUUGAGGAGCACUCCACCGGGCGUAGCGGCAGCUCAGGAGGAGAUCGUGGGCAGCUCGAUGGCCAGCUAUUCGGUGCCGCUGAAGGAGACCCACAUCUACACACCCUCCAAAUCGGAUACGGCGGUGGCCAAGACCACCACACUAGCACCCAUUGAUUUCGACUACGAGAUGGCUGCGACGGGCAUUAUCAUCGAUGAGACGGUGGUCAAGAAGGAGUAUCGCGAUGUGGAGUACAAACCACCAUUUGGUCUGGAUUCGCCCAGCAAACUGAGUGGCAAUGGUGCUGCCAGCAGCUUUCAGUUGCCACCACAGACGACCGAAGACGACGACUUCAGUGAUUUUCAAUCUAUGCCGGCGCCCAGGUCACGACUGGAUACACCCACUUUUGGCGAACAGAUGAUCCUCAGUCCGGCUAUUCUGCUGCCCCAAGCCAUUCCGUUGGCAAAGAAGCCAGCCGCAACUAUUGAAUGGGGCGACAAUGCCCUGGCCAGCAUAAAUGCCGAGGAAAUGGCCAGGAUAGAGGAGUUGUUCUCCUCGCAGGCCAAACCGCUCACCAUAAGCGCUUCAGUGGCCAAGAAACCAGCAGCGCCUUCCACGCCAGCUCCGUCGCAACCUCAAGAAGACGAUGAGUGGUCGGAUUUUGUCUCUGUUCCAGUCACCCAACAGCAAUCGCAUCAACCGCAGCAAAACGCAAUCGCUAACAACAAUAAUAUCGUCAACAGCAACACUAGGAAACCAGCUGCUCCCAAAGAAGAUGAUUGGUCGGAUUUUGUGAGCAGUACUACGCCUGCUCGACCGGCUCCCCCCCAAUUCAAUUCCGGUGCCUGGCAGAGCGCUAACUUCUACAACAAUCCCCUGAGUUUGUACCAGGCACAGCAGCAUCAGCAGCAAACCCACAGCAAUCUUGUGCCCAAAGGCAGCAGCGGCAGCAGCAGCAGCAGCAAUAACAACAAUGUGCCAGCCAUUCCACAGCAAAUACACAUCAUGCACGACUUUUCGACUGCGCCCGUUCCUGGAGGACUGGGUGUGGGUGCCACCUACCAGCAGCAGCAUCAGCGGCAGCAGUUCCAAAUCGGCAACGCCAAGGUGGCCCCACGCAUCUCCCUCAUUCCCGAUCUCAGCUUCGUCGCACCGGCCUUGCCCACCAAUGCUGGUGCCUUCAUGGGUGCGCUUCCCAAACCGAGUUUCGCUACCAAGAAAUGACACAAGAAGCUGAGGGUGGGCGUUGGGCGGCUCCAGCAGCAGCAGCAGCGUCCGCAUGUGGGCGCACCACGCCCACUGGGCGGCGGGGAGGCCACCAUCCUCACAUAGGCAAACAGGACAAUGGACGUGUGCCUCGCGGGGAGCCAGUCAGUAUUAUGAAUCCGUCUGAUAUUCACCAUAAUCCGAACCGUCACACACAUGCAGUUUGAGACAAGCUGUGUUCCAUGUUGUUGUCGUUGUUGUUAACGUUGUCGUUGGCGUAAUUGUUGUUGUUGUUGUUGUGCAUGCAUGUUGUAGUCUUAGGCGUAAAUCAGGAUUUGGAGCGAAACAAAAAGUAAACAUUCUGUGCAAUAGUUGGAUUUUAAAUUUAUGUUGUACUUCAUUUUGACGAAAAGAAAUCAUAGUUUUCAAAAGGAA